GGAAUCCCUCCACACACUGUACUGCCGCGCCACCGAAGACGAGCGACCAGUGGCGUUUGAGAACAUCUACCCUGCGUGUCAAACGGAUAUGACUUUUUAAUUUGGCAACCUCCACAAGAAAGAUGCCCACCAAAGUCCAGCUAGACAAAGCAAGUUGGCAGUGGACAGACACCACCAGCCCCGACGAUGUGACAGCUGAGCAUGUGGAGCUAGCGUACCGCAUUGGACUACCAGCUUGUCAGCACAACACUUGCAGGCAGAACUGUAAGGGGAAUCCCAACUGCCUGGUGGGUUUGGGAGAAAAGGAGUGGCUAUGUGACAUCAAGGAUGAGCGUUGGCAUGAGGUGGAGGACCCCAACCUUGAAAGAAGGGCAGAGGAUUCUUUUGUGGGGUUGAAGAAUCUUGGAGCAACUUGUUAUGUCAACACUUUCUUGCAAGUGUGGUUUCAUAACCACAGUUUCCGGGCAGCAAUGUACAAGUGGCGGCCAUUGCGUUGCCAAGCAACAGAUAAGCACAACCAAUCAGAAAGCAGCACAACCAAGGAAGGUGGUUACACACCCACGUGCAUCUGUGGCCAUCUACAGCUACUUUUUGCCUUGCUUCAGUUCAGCAACAGAAGAUAUAUUGACCCCUCGGGCCUUGUCAAUUGUUUGGGUCUCGAUGCUGCACUACAACAGGAUGCCCAAGAGUUCAGUAAACUUUUUAUGUCAUUACUGGAGGAAACUCUGUCACAACAAACACAUCCUGAAGUGCGGGAUGUCAUCCAGCAGCAAUUCCGAGGCCAGUACGCAUACGUGACCAGGUGUAAUAACUGCGGCCACAGUUCCAGACAGCCGUCAAAGUUCUAUGAACUUGACCUGAACAUCAAAGGUCACCGAGAGCUGAGCGAAAGCCUAGGAGAAUUCUUACAGGAUGAGCACCUUGAUGGCGCCAACCAGUAUUUCUGCGACAACUGCCGGUCCAAACAGGACGCCACUCGCCGCAUCCAACUGCAGCAGCUUCCACCGGUACUCAAUAUCCAGCUACUGCGAUUCGUCUUUGAUAGGCAAACAGGAACCAAGAAGAAGUUGAACUCCUUCAUCCAGUUCCCUGAAGUUCUAGACAUGACUCCGUAUCUCCCCAGGAAAGACGCAGAGACAGUUUACGAGCUGACAGCCGUCCUGAUCCACCGUGGGCCCACGGCCUACUCUGGACACUAUGUGGCCCACGUCCGGCAGGAGGGGGCGUGGCACAAGUUCAAUGAUGAGGAGGUGGAGAGGAUCGAGGGCAGGAACCUCAAGCUGGGCUCGGAGGAUGACCUCCAAGGUGGCGGACCAAAGCAGGGAAAACGGCCAAAGCAUGUCAAAGGUCAUCAUGCUUCUAAGAACGCCUACAUGUUAGUGUACACCAGAAGGCCGAGUCAAGAAAACCAAGCAGAUAACUCCGAGCGGCAAGGUAUUUCUCUUUCGGAGGAUUCUUUACCGGGCUAUCUCCAAGACCUCGUGAGGCAAGACAGGGCGCAGUUUGAGGAGUGGGUCCAGGAGAUGGCAGGCAUGAGGCAGCGUAGCAUCACCAGCGGGAGAGCCAGACACGCCGAGAUCACCAGACUGUACCUGAUGCUACCUCCCAAACCAGGGAGCAGGUACGAGUGGCUGAAAUCUGAUUGGCUGAAGCAAUGGCUGAAUGUUGACAGCAACACCGCCUGCAAGCCCAUUGACAAUUCUGACUUGAUCUGUCGCCAUGGCAACCUGGAUCCGGACAAGAUACAACAGGUCAAGCGGAUAAGCCAGGAAGCAGCAGGAAUCCUACAUUCAAAGUACGAUGGCGGUCCGCGCCUCUCCGGGACCAGCCUGUGUUUGAAGUGUGUCCGCGAACGAUGUCGCAUGAUGCGGCUGAAGUCCAACCUAAACGAGGACAGCAAGUUUGUUACCACGACAACCAAGAACAAGCUUGAACCAGGAUUGCCUGGCUAUUGGGUCGGCAAGGCGUCACUGAGGCAAUGGAGAAAAAUGGUACUCGACAGAGAGAAGCCAUCGGAGGGAAAAGAGCCAGAAGUCGCUAAUUGUGAUGCAGGACAGGACAUGACGUCUGAUCAGCCCAACGUGGAGUCCAUGGUGGGCACAUUCAACGCGGAGCUACUAUGCCCACACAAUGGCUUGAGCACGGACGAGACGUUGCGGAAGCUUGUGCCGGUCGCUGUGUGGGAAAGACUCCAUGUGUACUUCCCCGAUGCUCCAAAGUUCAACCAGGAUCAGGAGUUGUGCCGGGCGUGUCAGCACAGAGACGAGCAGCAGGAACAAGACGGCAUGUUGAGGGUCAUGAUGGCAGCUGACCAGAAAGCGGCUCUGCAUCAGCUCUUCAACGACAGACACCGGCCGAGCUGGGAGAAGAAGGAAGUAACAGAGGCCUAUGCCGUGAGUCGACCCUUCCUGGAGCAGUGGCGGGAAUUCGUGCGUCAGCCGUUGAAACACGCCCCGCUAAGCGAAGUAAACAAUGCGUUCCUCAUAUGUAACCACAACCGCUUCGUAUUUGAGCCGGGCACCGUAGACGAGGUAACGAGUAACAUGUACUCCUUAGUCUGGCCCCACGAGUGGGAAUUUCUCACCAAGAACUUCACCGUGGAUUUUGCCGUACGGAUAUUCCGUGAUCAGGAAGCAUCUGAGAAUGGCAGGCCGGUAACGCUGGAGUGCCAACCAGAGUCCUGCAUGGAGUGCAUUAUGGCGAGGCAAACCCAGGCUAGGCUGGAGCGACAGGAGUACAGCGGGGCCCGCAUCUACGUCCGCAAGAUCGUCACAGAGCUGGACUCCGUCGGUCACACCCAGGACGAAGAGGACCGGAAGAGGUCAAGCCACGACACAGCCAGAGAUCCAGAUUUCUUUCAGCAGGUCAACGGCAGCAAGAAGAUCCGACUGAGUAGCUAUGCCGACAGUACCCGGCGGAGUUCGCGACACCGCAAAGUCCGAGGGGAGAAGGAGGUGAUUGUCUCCUCCGGCAACACACUGAAGGAGCUGAAAAUUAAGGUGAUGCACGCCUUCUCGGUGGCCCCGUUUGAUCAGACGCUCCACUUUUGCGGUCAGCAGCUGACCGAUAACGAGUCAACUCUGUCCAGUCUUGGCAUCGAGCCAGGCUGCGUCAUUACGCUGACCGUGGACAUGCCACAGUCCGAGGACCCGUUUGCCGUGGACGAAAUAUUCCAAGCGUCCAGUGUUCCAGAAGCCGGAUUCAAAGGAACUGGCUUGCUGGGAAGUGGUACGUAACAACAUUCACCGUGUUGUGUCGUGAUUUGCAACCGAAGAUGUGAGUGAAACAGUCCCCCAUCUCUGCCUCUAACAAUCAUUUGGUGUAGAGUAUGCGCAACGAUUUUCGUUGGAAUGCGCACAGAACUGCAGGGAUUUUGAGUGUUCUGCUACUCAUACCGUAAUUUUCGGAAUACAAGUCGCGGCUUAUACAUUUAUUCUCACGCUGAAAAAUGUCCCUACGGCUUGUAGUCCAGGCUGCUUAUUCGGCAACAUUUGAAGAAUGAAAUCAGUCACUAAACGCCGCGCCGCGCCGCGCCGUGCCGCGCCUCAGCGUAGCCUAGCCCGGGCUGCCGGCUGCGCGUGCAAGUGGUGGGGCAUUACCGGUGACGAGGCAGUCAUCUUUUUUGUUGGUUGCCGUUUACAUUGCCUCAACCCACGUGUUGGAAAUAAGGAAACCAGUCCAGAGGAACUGAAUAGACUUGCAAAUGUACCGUAAGUACCGUUCACACCUUGCAAAUCGUGUGGUGCGUCUAUUCAUUUUUGUCUGUUCCAUGGUUGCGUAAUUCAUGUUGUUUAUUAUUUCACUGGUCAUUUGGUGACUGCGGGCAAAAAAAGACAACAAACAACUGCUGCAUUGCCCACCAGCAAGGACACCAAUCCUGCCCGCCGAAAUUGGUAAUGUGGAGGACUUGGGAAAGUUUAGGUUUAUGAGCAACACCCGUUCCCACACUGCUAGCCAAUUCACAAAAGGUGAAAUUUAAUCAAAAUCCUGUUCUGAUUCAUAGGUGUCGAUUUCAUAUACCGAUGAAAUUUUGUUUUGGGCCGAUUUUCCAGUUUUUUCAUAAGUGCAAAAUGAAACUCUUUUAAAAUGCGCUCCAAAAGACUUUUUUUUUCAAACAAUUUUCGGCACGUUAUGUGAAUGGAGGUAAUAAUGAUUAGUUAUCCAUUUUAAAGAUCCUCUGAAACGUUAGGGUGGAAUUUUCUGAGAUUUUUCGGGGACGCCAGAUCACUCGCGGCUGAAUUCUUGCCCAGUUUCCUGACGGCGACGAGUUUGAAUUUCGGACGAAAUUUCACGUCACUGAAAUUGUUCACAAAGGUUCAAAGCCUGUUUCAAGAAGGCAAUAGUGUCACCCUAGUGGAUUUGAGGUUUUUUAACAGAGGUUUGCAGUCAAGUGAAACGUUGAGGCGCGCCGCGUAAUACCGGUGCUCCAGCGCUUCAGUAGUGCAGCACGUGCGAUGACUUUAUACGUGACGUCAGCACUGCGGUGCGUCUAGGCUAAUACUCCUUGGGACCUGUAUUUCGAAAAUUACGGUACACUUACUCGGCCUUGUUUGAAAUAAAUCAAGGACACCCUGCUGCGUACACAUUUUGUGUACACGUACUGUGGUAACUUUUUUCCUGUGCAGUGUAGCCUGACGCAAACGUUAUGUAUUUUCACUCUUUCAAACGGGCGCCUCCUGGUACGUUUUGGGCAGCACCAACAAUAACGAUGCUGCUUACUUCUUGCCCGAGUUGUUAAAUGAGUGGUCCUUUGUCCAGUGAAAUGCAAAAAUUAAUUAGUGUGUCCUGUUCUUCAGUAGAUUCAGUCUCUUGUGUGAAGUCUGAGUGUGUUUCAAGUUGGUUUUCAUUGCAUGAGUUUUUCCGUUUUUUAAAUUCUGAAAUGAAAUAGCUGUCUGGCUCGAUUUGGUAAAAUGGUCACACGCUGAAAUUUGGAGAACCCGUACAUUGAGUUUGUGGCAGCUGAAAACUUGCCAAUGUUUGGUUGCAUUAUUUCCCCAAGUAAUGUUAAGUAUGAACAUUCAGUUAUUUGGACGGAGGUCCCUUUGCACAUUGUUCGGCAGAGCAAAACCACAAUACGUGCAUGAAAACCACCAAGAUUAAACUCGUAUACGAUGUUGAAAAGACAUUUGUGGCCUCGUUGGUAUUUCUCACGCUUAGCAAAACCAGGUCUCUUUUGAAGUGAGCCGACAACCGGCAAGAUAUGGCUCAGCCUAUCUCGUUGCAAUCGAGAAGAAAAAAAACCAAAAAAAAAAACCAAAAAAAAAAAAAAAACAAACAAACAACAUGCCUGUCAAUGGCUGUUGAGAAAAUCGGGAAGCGGUAUUAUGUCAAACAGAUGGGCGCGGUAGAGCAUAUUCACAUGGACUUCUCCCCUGAAUAGCGAUAAGGUUGGUGCUUUUUAUUCAGCAUGCUGCAAAACAAGUAGAUACAGCCAAGUCAGCAAAUAAACAAGAAAUUUUGACAUACCA